AAAGUAUAACGAAUCAUGAUUGUAAUUUCGGUCUGUAAUCUGUUAUAAUUGCGUUGGUACAGCAAUUUUGGAUUAAAAAUUGCGUUUUAUAACAUACAUAUUUAACAAACUUUUCGUUCAAUAUAAUACAUAAUAUUCUAACUACAAAAUGAACGCACCUCCAACCUUCGAAUCAUUUCUUCUAUACGAAGGAGAGAAAAAAAUAAUCAAAGAACAAGAUACUAAGGUUCCAAAUGCCGCGAUUUUCACGGUUAAUAAGGAAGAUCAUACUCUCGGAAACAUGAUCCGUAAUCAGUUACUGAAGGAUCCACAGGUUUUGUUUGCUGGAUACAAAGUUCCACAUCCACUAGAACACAAGUUUGUGAUUAGAAUUCAAACAACAUCAGAUUACACACCACAUGAGGCUUUCAUGCAUGCUAUUACAGAUCUUAUAGCAGAACUUUCACUGUUUGAAGAACGUUUUAAGGAGGCUAUUAAGGAGAAAAAGGAAGGUUUGGAUUAA